AUGACUACUAUUGAUAGUUAUCCCGUUCGGUCGGAUAUUUACGGUGCUCAGGUGGAGCCGACACAGACGGCGACACAGACAGAGACACAGUCAGAGACCCUGAAAGAGGCGACAACGACACAGACACAGACCCUGAAGGAAGCGACCCAAACAGCGACACAGACACAGACACAGACACAGACAGCGACACAAGCAACACAGGCGACACAAACAACACCCACCCCACAAACACAAACAUCAACUAACAACAUUGACAUGGCGACAAACACAGAAACAGGCGCAAACGCCCCCGACACAACCGCAACGGCCGCCGCAGCCACCUUCACAACCAACAACACGGUGGGAGAGGCGGGCAACAGGGCGGGAAACGCGGUGACCUCCACCGCCGCCACCGCCGCCACCGCCGCCAACUCCGACCACGUGGCGUCCGUGUCGCAACACCUGCGCCAGCGCAACAACUCGUCCAACUCGUCCAACUCGUCCAACUCGGACAACUCGGAAACGUCGUCGUCCCAGUCCAACUCCAACUCCAACUCCUCCGACACCGCCGCAACCACUCUCUCGCCCACCACGCUCACCGACGGCAAGGGCGCCGCGGGAACCGCCACAGCCAAGACCGACAUGCAUUUCGCCAAACAGGCCAUCCGCAAGCUGUCGGCCGACAAGGGCACCCCCACCACCUCGGCCUUCUCGUCCUUCAGCAGCACAACGUCGCCGACCCAGAUGCGGCGCCCCACCGCGUCCCUGAACAACGACGACCCCAAGCCGUUUGCGCGCCGUCCCAGCGACAAGCGCUCGCCCGGCAAGGUCCAGCUCCAGCAGCACGACAAACACCUGCAGCAGCAGCGUCAGCAGCACGACCCCCGUAAUGACACUACCCAGCAGUCGCAGCAGCACCAGCAAUAUGACAAGGCCCCCUCGAAUGGCCCGCCCUCGCUGACGGUGCGAACCGGAUUCAGCAACCCCCAGAGUGCCAUCCAGACCCCGGCCUCCACCCUGCCUCCCUCGUUGGCGUCGUCGGUGGAGAUUGGCGCCCAGUUCACCUUCACAUCGCACAACCGGCUGAACGAGCUCGCCGCCGAAGCUGAGGAAAACGCCGUCGACCAGGCGGCCGCCGACCUUGGCGUCCGAAGACACUCGUCUGCAUCCAACAUCCAGGAGUCGCACAUCCGGCGGCAGAUUGCUGCCCAGGAGGGUCUGGCCAAGGCCAACUCGUCCAUCGACCUGCUGCUUCCCCCCGUCAACCGCAAGCAGCGGCUGCGACAGUACCAGCCCGCACUGGCCAAGUUUGAUUUCGACGAGGCUCUUGCGCACGAGGCCGAGGUGAAUGGAGCUCCCAUGGGCAGUGCCGCUGGCGUGCCCGGCGCCGAGGCCACCAACGGAGGCACCCCGACAUCUGCUGCACCUAAUGGCAGUCUCGGAGGAGCCAACGGAGGAUCUAUGGCCGCGGCUGCCGUCAAGGCUGCCACCGCCAUUGCCGGUGCACCUGGUAGCUCGCGUCCCUACGAUUUCGCCUACGAGGACGAGAUUUCGGCGUCGGCUCCUGCCACCUCCCAUAAGCUGCACCGAGUGUGUAGCAAUGAGUCGUCUAUUUCGACCAUGGCUCCCCCCAAGCAGCUGCACACCCCCAAGACGCCCAUGUACGUCCCCGCAGUGCUGCGAACACAGAACAUGACUCUGUCCACGUCUCCUCUUUCCGAUUACGGAGAGACCGUGCACGAGAUUCUCAUGGACGCGCCCGUCACUGGUCCCCCUCGCCGGUCUCACUGGAAGCCCGACGACGCUCGUCCCGGGUGUGCCAUCUGUGAUGUGCCGUUUACCUUCUUUGAGCGACGGCAUCACUGCCGACGGUGUGGAGACGUCUUCUGUGGACAGCACUCGUCGUACUCGCUGCGGCUGGACCAGCACUGCAACUUCAACAGCCAGGGUUACCUUUCGCGAUCGUGCGACAUGUGUGCUCAGGACUUUAACGAGCAUGUUAUGAGCGUGAGUCGACGGCUGGAGGAGACUUUGGGCUGGGGCAGCAGUAGCGCUGCCGCGUGGGAGGAGGUUUCCGGUGUAGCUGGCAAGGCUCGAGGAGCUGCCGCCAAUGGCGCUGGUGGCGCUGGUGGCGCCCAUCUACGUUCUUUUGACUCGCCGUCUGCUGCCGCGCGCCAGCGUUUCAAGGCCACUGGUCCCAUGCGUCAGAUGCCUUCUAAGAUGGAGGGUGGCGCGGGGCCUCAGGGCCAGCAGCCGCAGACCCAGGACAUUGAGGUUGGGUCUGUGCCUGCCAACUGGAACUGGUCGACGUUUUGA